AUGCCCACUGUUCACCUUUUGGAUUAUGUUGCGGGCAACAUCCGUUCCCUCGUCAAUGCGAUCAACCAGGUCGGAUACGAAGUGGAAUGGGUGAAAACCCCCGAGGAUGUCAAGAAUGCGGAUAAACUCAUCCUACCUGGUGUCGGCCACUUCGGCCACUGCCUCUCACAGCUCGAGAAAGGCGGUUUUCUGGGUCCAAUUCGGGAACACAUAGCAGCCGGUAAGCCCUUCAUGGGAAUCUGUGUCGGUCUACAGGCUCUCUUCCAGGGCUCUGAGGAAGAUCCCGACGUACCUGGCCUGGGUAUAGUCCCUAUGCGCUUCCAAAAGUUUGAUGACUCGUCCAAGAGUGUGCCGCACAUUGGCUGGAACUCUGCGCUGAGCACCGCGCAUGAUUCAAAUGAGCGGACUUUUUACGGAUUGAAACCAACGAGCAAAUAUUAUUAUGUCCACUCCUACGCGGCCCUAUACACGCCGGGUGUCCUCGAAGAGGAUGGCUGGUCCGUGGCUACAGCCACUUACGGCGAUCAGGAAUUUGUUGGUGCCAUCAGCCGAGGAAACGUGUUUGGUGCACAGUUUCACCCAGAGAAAAGUGGAGUGGCUGGUCUCAGAACACUUCGCGCCUUCUUAAACGGCGACCAAUUCCAUUCUCUCGCGAAGGAAGAGGUUGCUGGCCAAGCAAAUGGACUGACUCGUCGAGUCAUCGCCUGCCUUGAUGUGCGCGCAAACGAUGCUGGUGAUCUGGUUGUCACCAAGGGAGAUCAGUAUGAUGUGCGUGAAAAGAGCGGGGAUGAUGCGGGUGGCCAGGUCCGAAACCUAGGAAAGCCCGUCGACAUGGCCAAGAAGUACUACGAGCAAGGAGCUGAUGAGGUAACUUUCUUGAACAUAACUUCCUUCCGAAACUGCCCGUUAGUGGACACUCCUAUGCUGGAAAUCUUACGACGCACAUCGGAAACAGUGUUUGUGCCCUUGACUAUUGGAGGCGGCAUCAGGGAUACAGUAGACACUGAUGGCACCCGGGUCCCCGCUCUUGACGUUGCGACCAUGUACUUCAAGUCUGGUGCGGACAAAGUCAGCAUUGGUUCAGAUGCUGUCUUUGCUGCGGAGGACUAUUACAAUGCUGGUCGAAAAUUGAGUGGCCAAACUGCGAUUGAAACAAUUUCGCAGGCGUACGGAAACCAGGCAGUAGUGGUGAGCGUCGAUCCCAAGCGCGUCUUUGUGAAUAGACCGGAGGACACUCACCACCACACCAUCAAAACUGCUCAUCCCAACAGCACUGGGCAGAAUUACUGCUGGUAUCAGUGCACUGUCAAAGGUGGCCGAGAAACUAGAGAUAUGGAUGUACGGCAACUGGUGCAGGCUGUUGAGGCUAUGGGUGCUGGAGAAAUAUUGUUGAACUGCAUCGACAAGGAUGGUAGCAACAGUGGCUUUGAUCUAGAACUGAUUAAUGAUGUCAAGGCUGCUAUAAAGAUCCCUGUGAUUGCUUCUAGUGGUGCUGGUGUUCCUGAUCACUUUGCUGAGGUUUUCAGCAAGACCAACACUGAUGCUGCACUUGGAGCUGGCAUGUUCCAUCGUGGAGAGUAUACUGUGAGCCAAGUGAAAGAUUACCUUCAGACAGAGGGAUUCUUGGUGCGGCAAUUUGAGACCUCAAUUUAA